AUGUCUGGCUCAGUGCACGGCCCGCUGAGCCCCCCCUCCUGUGGUCCCUUUGUGCAGGUGGGAACGCAGGGCCUCGAGGGCUGGCCCAUGCACUUCCCUCCCCGGAUGCCCAACGCAGGAGGCGCCGCCACGGCCACAACCACCGCAGCAGCUCCCCCCACUCGAGACUUCCAGCCUGUAACCCCGGUAAGGCGGCUGCCAGGACCUGGAGGGGCUUUGUUUCACAGAGGAAACGAGGCUCUUCUUUUCUCUUUCUUACCUCUAUUCCAUCUGGGGCAGCACGGUUUUCCUUGGCAAAUGCCAUUCUCCCAGCCUCGAGGAGCCAGAGCAGUAGGAGAGAGUACAAGACCACCACCAGAGAACGCAGAUCUGCAGCUUGCAGUGGUGGCUCCACCUUGCUCCAUACCCGUCAUGUCACAAACCUAG